AUGGCAGUGUACGGUAAAAUCGAAGAAUUCGACCCUACUAACGAAAAAUGGAUCCACUAUUCGGAACGACUUUCUCAAUAUUUCUUGGCGAACGACGUCGAAGAUGAAAACAAGAAGAGAGCCAUACUCCUAAGCGUCGUUGGCGCCAAAACAUACAGCCUUCUACGUUCACUAGUUUCACCAAAAAGGCCUUCAGAGCUUUCUUACAACGAGCUUUGUAAAGCUUUAGAAGACCACUGCAACCCAAAACCCUCGCCAAUAGUUCAACRKUUCAAAUUUUAUCGUUGUGAGCGAACAACAGAUCAGUCUGUUGCAUCAUUUGCCGCUAACUUGAGAGAAGUUAGCGAAACAUGUCAGUUUGGUGCGGUUCUAGAAGAAAUGCUUCGAGACCGACUCGUCAUGGGRAUAAACGACGACACAAUACAAAAGCGACUACUUUCCGUCGAUUACGAAAAACUCACUUUUACAAAAGCCUUUGAAAUCGCUACAAGCAUUGAGCUCGCCACCUCAGGAGCCAAAAAUAUCCAACAGCAAGUCUCUGCACYGCCUGUUUCAGAGGUCCACAAAGUGGAGACCAGAGAGUUAUCCAAAAUKAAGAAAUCCUGUUAUCGUUGUGGCGAUAAACACAACCAGGAACACUGCCCGUUUAAAGAUAAGUCCUKUUUCUUUUGUGGCAAAGAGGGUCACAUAGCAAAGGUAUGUAAAGCCAAAYAAAGAUCACAACARGCCUCAUCUUCUUCAAGACCAAUAAAUCAAGUGAGUGUAGAUGAAAAAGAUGAGCCUGAUCAAACCUACAAUCUAUUUACAUUAAGUGGUAACAGUAUGGCAUACAAAACCACUUUAUGCAUUGACGGCCACCACCUGGAAAUGGAAAUUGACACUGGCUCAGCAGUAACUUUGAUUUCUAAAAACACAUUUAGCAAAUUCUUCAAGGAAAAKAAACUUGAGAAUACCAAUGCGAAACUACGCACUUACACAGGAGAAGACGUUAACGUUAUAGGGACAACACCAGUUCAAGUAAAGUACAAUGAUGAGUYAUUCAACCUGCCAYUGAUGGUUGUGGGAGGACAAGGGCCCAGYCUUCUUGGACGGGACUGGCUUGAAMAACUACGUAUAACUUCAUUACAAGUUAACCAAGUCACCACGUCCCCCGAAUCUGUCAUCCAGUUGGAAUGCAAAUAUCCUGAUCUUUGGAAAUCAGACCUUGGACAAGUUAAGGGACUUAAGGCAAAAAUUAUYGUACCUGAGAACGCCUUACCCAAGUUCUUCAAGCCACGACCUGUUGCAUAUUACUAUGGAGAUGCAGUUGAUGAAGAGCUACAGCGGUUGGAAAGGGAGGGGGUGAUCGAACCAGUACAGUUURCAGAAUGGGCAGCUCCARUUGUGCCCAUUAAAAAGUCAAAUGGAAAGAUUCGUCUGUGUGGUGAUUACAGACUCACCGUAAACUGUGACAUUCAUACAGACCAGUACCCUCUGCCCAGGAUAGAAGAUCUCUAUGCAAAGUUAUCAGGUGGUCAAAAGUUUACAAAACUUGACCUUAGUAAUGCCUUCUUACAGGUGCCKCUUGAUGAAGAUUCUCGAAAGUACACCACAAUCAACACCCAAAGAGGUCUUUACCAGUACACAARACUUCCCUUUGGAAUAUCAUCCUCACCUUCCAUUUUCCAACGUAUUGUUGACAAUCUGAUCCAAGGGUUGUCGGGUACUGUUGGUUAUCAAGAUGAUAUCUUGAUAACUGGCAAGGACGACAAGGAGCACCUCGCUAACCUUGAUGCAGUGCUUCAUAGACUGUCUAGCGCCGGACUGAGGUUAAACAAGGACAAAUGUGUCUUCUUGUCUACCGAGCGUUUCAGAACUUAG